AUGGAUCUCACGACUCUGAUCGACAAGCUGAACGUGAGCAGUGCCGCCUCGGCCCACGACCAGGCGUACUCGUUCGCGUGCCAGGCCGAAAAAUAUGACCCCAAGGACCUCAACAUCCAGCGACACAAGCUGGUGGCUCUGAUCCAUCUGGAAAAGUUUGACGAGGCCGAGCAGGUUCUCCAGGACAAGGGAACCACUGGCCUGGAAUUUGAGGCCGCCUACAUCUACUAUCGCCAGGGCAAGCACGCUGAGCUCGCCAAGGUGCUGGAGACGGCCCAGAAGGAUACACGGCUGAUCCACAUUGCUGCGCAGGCUGCGUACAAGGAGGAGGACUUUGACCGAGCCUACGAGCUCACACAGGAGCUGCUGGGCACCGGAAUAGACGAGCUGGAUCUGCUUGUCAAUGAGUCCGCCAUCGUUGCCCAACAGGCGCUGCACAGACAGGGAGUGUUCCCCCUGACCAUGACAUCCACAGCCAAGUCGUCACACGACUUCCUCUUCAACCGGGCCAUCGCCGAGCUCAGUGAGGGCCGGUAUGACUCAGCGCUCGAUCUACUGUCGCAGGCCCAGGUCGCGUGCUCCGAGGCAGACAUGCCCGCGGAGGAGAUUGACACCGUCAAGAUCCAGGCUGCAUACAUUCACCAACUCAAGGGCGACACUGCUGAGGCCAAGCGAAUCCUAGACUCUGUUGCCGAGUCCGGCUCGCAUCUCAGUGGUCUGACCGAUCUCGUUGCCGCCAACAAUGCCGUCACGCUGUCUCCCGAUAUCACUUUCAACCCCAACGUGGCUCUGCGAAAGCUGCAAGACCACGGCCUGGGUCUGUCUUCCACCGCCAAGGGCCCCACUGCCCCCAACGGACCCGCCAUCCAGGCCCAGCGAAAGGUGUUUGCCCUCAACCGGCUGAUUCUAGAGGGAUCAGCUGGCAAGGACACUUCUAAGCUGGCUAAGAAGCUCACCCGAACCUACCCUGGUCUCGUGUCUGCCCAGGUGGUUGCUGCUACCAACGGAAACAGCGAUCUCGAGGACCUCAUAGAAACUCUGCGAAAGCGGGACCCCAAGUGCACCAACAUUGGCUCUGUUCUUGCCAUUGCACAGGCCUACGUUCUGACGGGUCGUCUGCAGGCAGCCUACGACGCUCUGACCACCUACAUCAACUCCCUACCCGAAAACCUGGCUCCCUACCCUGGUCUGAUUGCAGCUACGUCGUCCAUCGCGCGUCUCAUGGGUAAGAAAAAGCUGGCUCUCAAGCUCAUCGAGAAGGCCAACACCCAAUGGCAGAAGAACAGCGCCCCCUACUCUGCCUCCCUGGCAUACGCUCUGUCGCUGCUCGAGAGCAAUAAGCCCUCCAACCAGAAGAAGGCCAAGAACCUGCUACUCAAGCUGGUGGAGAAGAAGCCCCGAGACGAGAUUCCCCGAAUCGCUCUGUCUGGAGCUCUGGGCACCCAGGAGGUUCUUACCCGAGAGAUUCCUGAUCUCAUUUCUGGUGUCGAUGUAGACAACCUCGAGGAGGUCGGCGUCAUUAUCCCCCAGUCUAAGAAGCGAUCUGCCGAGGUGUCUACUAAGACUUCCAAGAAGCGAAAGACCAAGAUUCCUGCCAACGCCGACCCUGCCGUGACCCCCGACCCUGAGCGAUGGCUCGCCAAGCGAGACAGAUCCACCUACAAGCCCAAGAAGGUCAAGGGAAAGAAGGUGCAGAACACUCAGGGAGGAGCUGUGGACGACUCGCUGGAGCUGGGAAGCAACACUGCCGAGAAGACCACUGUGGUCAAAUCCAAGGCCAAGGGCAAGAAGAAGAAGGGAAAGAAAUAA